AUGGCAAAAAUACCAAUUACGCUACAAUCGAAUGGGAAUCGGGAUAGCUUUGAUCGAUUUAGAGAAUUCGAGGUCGAUGGCAUUGUAGUCGAUGAAGAUGCGAGUUCGUCUGGAACACUAAAGUUACUUGAUAUGCCAACAUCUCCCGUUAUAGAGGAAUAUGAAAGUAUAAUAAUAACAGAUAGUACACCAAGUUUUAUUGAAAUAGGACAAGUAUACCAAGACAAGCAAACAAUUGCAACUUCAAUGAAGCACUAUUCUGUCAUGCACAAGUUUCAAUUCAGGGUUAAAAGAUCUAGUGCUAGAAGCUACUGGCUGGUAUGUGUUGGUGAAAAUUGUACGUGGCACUUCAAGGCAACUAGCAUAAAUGAUUCUGCAAUGUUCAAGGUUAGAACAUUCAACAGCUUGCACACAUGCUCUUUGAUGGACAGUACAUUCAUACAACGCAAACCUACUGCCAUGGUAGUUGGUAGCAUGGUUAUUCCAAAAUAUGCUGAUCCUAAGACAAUUUACACACCAAAAGACAUACAAACUGAUAUGUUGUCUGAACACGGCGUGAACUUAACAUACAUGCAAGCUUGGAGAGCAAAGGAAAAGGCUAUGGAGUUUUAG